UCCACAGAAGAUAGCAUCGGCCUGGCCCGGCAAAUGACUUGGGCUAUUGGCAGCGGGCACAUUUCCGAGGCUCUUGCUGUCUUCCAUUUGGUCCCCCAAAUCAACCGACCUCAAUCUCUCUGCCUGUUGAAAUCGGUUGGAGCGGGACGGGAGGCUCUGUUCGUCGUCUAUAUAGCCUCCCUCGAUCGCCGUCCUCCCCUCCCAUUGUUUCUUGCGAAGCUAUUCGACCCGAGGAGAGAUGGCGGGCAAGCGGAAGGCCGGCGACGACAUUCCCGGGGCAAGGCAUCGGGCUGCGCGGACGGAAACUACAGCCGGCGACGACAUUGCCGGUACUUCGGCGCAGACUGCAGGGCCGACGGCGACUGCAGCCGGCGACGGCACUGCCGGGACUUCGCAGGCGCUCGCAGGGCCGACGGCGGCGACUACACGCUGCGCUGUAGGCUACCCCGGCGGCGCCUCUUCCCAGUCCGGUGGAGCUCGCGGGGGCGGGGCCUGGUCGGGGCAGAGUGGAUCCGCUCCGCCGCACCGGAAGGCGCUUGCAGGGCACACGGCGAGUACACCAGCCUUCGCUGUAGGCUAUCCCGGCGGCUCGUCCCAGUUCGGCGGAGCUGCUGGCGGGGGAUUCUCUCUGUCGCAUUCGAGGGCGCCGACGACGCCGAUGCUCCGGCCGCCGCUGGGCAAUCCAGCCGUUGGGAGUGCGCCCUUCCCGUAUCAGUACCACGCGCCGACCGGCUAUGAUUUCUUCCCCGGCCAGAACCAGAUCGCCGGCCCCUGGCAGACAGGAACAGGGCAGCCGCGCGGCGACUCCGGCAGGAUAAUUUGCCACGCACCACUUCCACUGUGCAUUCUUUGCGGAGCGCGGACCACCUGGGUUUUGGGCUCGGCGCCAUUGUGCAAGGAUUGCUACAACGACUAUCUCCUCGCCAACAGCGUGCUUCAGCAGCACCCGCAGAUGGGCUACGCCGGUCAGCAGCGCCAGCUCGACCUCCGCCUUCCUCGGCCUUCUUCCGCGGCGCCGGGGCAGCAGCCUUCUCCACCGGCACCGGUUGCCGUCGGCCCACGACCGAGGGCGCCAGGUGCUCAACGGUGCCCUGUUUGCCAUGCGCCCACCACGCGGGUUUUGGGCCUGGAGCCCCCGCGCGAGGACGAGGUUUGCCACGACUAUCUCCUCGCCCAGCGUGCUUCGGCAGCACCGGCGGAUGGGCUACGUGAUCCCGACUCCAGUCCACGGCUAUGCCAGUUCUUCUUCUAG